AUUUUUCAUUGGUUGUUUCCCUCUCCGAUGCGGUGGGGACAACUCCCAUUCCUUUAAUUUCCUCAUUUUCCCUUAUCUCUGAUUUCUCUGCAACAAUGGAUCUCUAGCAUUCACCUCUCUUUCUCUCCUCUCUGUGCCUCUCUCCUUAUCCUUAUUAUAUUCUUUUACUCCAUGCAUUCCCAGAGCACCACUGGCACAAGCAAAUUAUUGCAUCUGACUCUAAGGUUUCAGGGUGAUAUGUAGAAAGUUGUAGAGAUGGAAGACAAUAAAAAAAGUAAAAUGAUAUCGGCUGUGGCCUUUGUAGAAGGGGGGAUUCAAGACUCCUGUGAUGAUGCUUGCAGCAUAUGCCUUGAGGAGUUUUCUGCAAGUGAUCCUCCAACGCUCACUAAUUGCAAGCAUGAGUUUCACCUACACUGCAUUCUCGAAUGGUGUCAGAGAAGCUCCCAGUGUCCUAUGUGUUGGCAAUCUAUUAGCUUGAAGGAUCCUACAAGUCAGGAAUCGUUUAAGGCAGUAGAGCAGGAGAGGAAGUUGAGAGUUACUACAUCAAGAAAUGCUUCUCUUUUUCGUCACCGUACAUUUAAUGAUUUUGAAGUGCAGCACUUGCGCAUGAAUGUAAAUGAUAUUGAGCUUGAAGACCGAAUUAUUCAACAUUUAGCUGUUGCUGCAGCGAUGAGGAGAGCAGAGCAACUUGGUCGUAGGGUAGGACGACAAGCUCGUUCAUCAUCUCAUGGUCAUCCACACUCGUCAGGGUUAUCUAAUGAAGAGAAAAAUGACCAAACGGGAAGUCCUAAUACAAGUCCAUCUACUCCAAUAAAAUCUGACAGAUAUGGAGUGUUGCAACAGAUGCUGCGAGUUCGAACUCAAAGCUCUUCUUCAGCUUCUGGAUCUACCAAUGAUAGAGGCUCUACUACUCCCUCGUCAUCAGUAGAUAAAGCAGAGUCAUCAGAGUUCCAGUCACAUUCUGAUUCACUGAGGUCCAGACUCACUGCAGUGUCUGCGAGAUACAAAGAAUCAAUCUCAAAGGGUGCAAGGGGAUGGAAGGAAAGGUUCUUCUGUCGUAGUUGUUCCAUGUCAGAACUUGGUUCAGAAACAAGGAGGAGGGAGAUGAAUGCUGAUAUUGCUAGUGUAUCCCGAUUAAAGGAAUCCCUUGAAUCUAGUGAGAAUAGUAAAGCUGUGGGUACUUCUUUGCCUAGUCAUAUGGAAGAUUGUUCCAUUGGAGAGGUGAGCAACCACAACGAUGUUGAAGUUAGCGGGGAGACCUCUUCACAUGAUGACAAUACUCCACCUGCUUGUUCUGCUACAUCACAUUUAAAUUGAGCUCUUCCUUGUUUCUGUCAAUGUAUCUUUCCUCAGCAUCUCACAUUUGAAGGUUUUUUGACCCCAAAGCUAAAUCUCUUCAACAUGACAAACUGAGGAGCAUACGCCAUGGAAAUAGUCGCAGCACUUAUGUUGAGGUUUGCAGUAAAAAUCACCAUCAGAUAAACAGCUGUGCUUAUAGCUAAAAGCUAUUGUUUAUACGUAUAUAUUUUGUGCCAAACACAGUGAAGGGUUGAACGUGUCUUAAAUGUCUGGUGGAUGGGAUUUUAGAUGGACAUGUACUAUGAACAUCAAUGUACCUAUGGAAGAAAUAUGUUUUGAAGUUAAAGGGAAUUUGUCUUGAUUCUUUUA